GAUGUUAAACACAUAUACAAAGCGGAGUAGUAAGUCGAUAUAUGAGAAAAGUUAAAAUGGCUACGAGAGCAAGAAACUUGAUGCAGCGACACACAACAUUAGUGUUGUUAGCUCUGUGCUCCGUCUUAACUCUCUCCGAAGCAGCGGUUGGUGAUGAUGAAAAAUGUAUCGUGGACAAGACGAAGCCUGCCACCGAGGAAGGGAAUUACAUGGAUUGUACAGACGAGUCCCUGGUGGCUCAGGGCAAAACAGAAUGCUGUUCUCAAGAGAACUCUGUGGGGUGUUGUAAGCCCGGGGAGAGGUGGGAUAAAAUGAUUGCCAUUGCAGUAGGAAUGAGCGUGACUUUCAUCAUCCUGGUUCUACUGUACGUCUAUUUGUUCUGGUGCAAAAGGGGCACAGUUCCGUGUCUGGAUAGACUUUUUGAUAGGGCUAAAAAGAAAUACUACGCCGUGGAAGACAAGUUACCAUGCUGUGCCAGUAGAGCUGAGCAGAGAAAGCUGGAGGCGGAGAUUAUGGCAAAGUCCAAGGAUCAGCCAGCGCUGUCCCUACCAGAGGAUGUCCACGACGAAACGUCCAAAGACAGAUGGUGGGACGGUCAGUUCAUCAAAAACCAAUGAAAAGACUGAAAUGUUUGUCUCGCGAGACUUGCUUUAAAUCAUGCAAGUUUACAGCAAUAAUGGUGGAGAAUGUUUUACAUAGACUAUAUAGCCUUUUCAAAUAUUAUGCAAAUAAAUGUACUUGACA